ACUGGGACUUUCUCCCAUCUUCGGUAUGCGCAGCCAUACCCUUCCCUGGACUCCGGUUACCGUGCACUUCCCAGCAUUGCAAUUACCUGUGUCCAGAGCCAGCGAGGACAUGGUUGGCAAUCCCAUUGCAAGCGAGACCUCACCCUGGUGUGCUCUGAAGACCUCAGGCCUCUUGGCCUUGUCCUUUGUGGGAAAGAAUCAGCCCGCAGCAGUUGCUGGCUUCGAUUCCUUCACAAAUGGAAAUGGUACUUGUCUCAGCAGCAUCUCCUGAUGGUUCUGUCUCUCAGAGCCACAAAGAAUACCUUAGGGU